UUCACAAUAUUCCAAUGACAACUGUAUCUCUCUAUCUCUCUCUUACACAACACAACUUCAUCCCGCGAAUCUCGGCCCCUCUCUCUCCCAUCUGGCUUCUCUGUCCAGCUUCGGACAUGUCACCCUUCUAGGAGAGAGAGGGUUAAAACCCCCAACGCCGAUCUUUGUACUAACCACACACAGAGAAACUCUCAGGAGGAUCAUUCACACAGCGUUAAUACUCCUCCCUGUCAACCGCCAUCGCCGGCCCUUCACCUCCCGAUGGAAGGCCGUCCCGCUCUGGGUGACCUUUCUCCCGCCGCAUUUCUCCUCAAUCUCGUAGGGGAAAUUGUCGGAAUGUCCACCGCCACCACUAUCAACGACCGUAAUUUCGUGGUUAGAAAGGAUUGCACGGAUCUGCUGCGGAGGAUUUCGCUUUUGACCCAUUUCCUCGAGGAGAUUAGGGAUUAUAAAGGAGAAUCUCAUUCUGGACAUUUGGAAGCUUCUAAUUAUUCUUCUUCGUCUUCUGGAGAUUGGUGCUCCGAUCUUGUGGGGGCUCUCCAGGCUGCUAAGCGCCUGCUGUUGGCUGCUGCCACUUUUAAACCAAUUAAUGAUUCUGAUGAAGCCACCAAGAAAAUCGCCUUCCAAUUCCAUUGUGUGACAUGGAAACUGGAAAAGGCUUUGGCUAGCAUACCGUAUGAUCAGUUUGACAUCUCAGAGGAAGUACAUGAACAGGUUGCAUUGGUGAGAUCACAAUUGCGAAGAGCCACAGAAAGAUACGGGUCAAUGAAUUCAAGAAUGAUUUCUUUUUCCUUAGCUGAGUCAGUGGACAAAGAAGUUGAUCACGUACAGAGAGGGAACAGGUUAACUAAAAUGGGACAUACUGAGAAAAGUGCCAUUAUCAACCAUGAGGUUACAGAAGGGCUUGAAACAGUUUCAGGAAGUAAUGGGUCAAAAAGCCAUUCUACAGAUCAGGUCACAAGCGAACCAAAUGAAGUUGAUGGUAGCAAGAAGAAUAUUUUGGCUAGCAAGAAAUCUGAAGACAUGAAAAAGCCUGAUGCACCCACAAUUCCUGACGAUUUUCUGUGCCCUAUAUCCUUAGAACUAAUGAGGGAUCCUGUUAUUGUGGCCACAGGACAGACUUAUGAGAGGUCUUAUAUCCAAAGAUGGAUUGACACGGGAAAUGUAACAUGUCCUAAAACUCAGCAGAAGCUUGAACAUUUGACUCUGACUCCAAAUUAUGUUUUGAGAAGUCUAAUAAGUCAGUGGUGUGCAAAGCACAAUAUUGAGCAACCGACAGGAUUAGCAAAUGGGAGGAUCAAAAAGAGUGAUGGAUCUUUUCGUGAUGUAAGUGGUGAUAUAGCAGCCAUCCAGGCACUUGUCCGCAAACUCUCUAGCCGAUCUCUUGAGGAACGCAGAACUGCUGUAUCUGAAAUCCGAUCAUUAUCCAAAAGAAGCACAGAUAACAGGAUACUAAUAGCAGAAGCAGGAGCAAUUCCUGUUCUGGUGAACCUUUUAGCUGCUGAAGAUGUGUCAAUACAAGAAAAUGCAGUGACUGCCAUUCUUAACCUCUCUAUAUAUGAAAAUAACAAGGGACUGAUAAUGCUUGCUGGUGCUAUUCCUUCUAUUGUGCAAAUUCUCAGAGCUGGGAGUGUUGAAGCAAGAGAGAAUGCGGCGGCAACACUUUUUAGCUUGUCACUUGGGGAUGAGAACAAAAUAAUAAUUGGUGCUUCAGGGGCAAUACCUGCUUUGGUAGAAUUGCUGGAAAAUGGAAGCCCUAGGGGGAAGAAAGAUGCUGCAACAGCCUUGUUCAAUCUGUGCAUUUAUCAAGGGAACAAGGGCAGGGCAGUGAGGGCUGGAAUUGUACCAGCAUUAUUAAAGAUGCUCACAGAUUCAAGAAAUUCUAUGGCUGAUGAGGCCCUAACCAUUCUUUCAGUUUUAGCUAGUAACCAGGACGCUAAGGUCGCUAUAGUAAAGGCUAGCACCAUACCGGUUCUCAUUGAUCUGUUGAGAACAGGUCAGCCCCGCAACAAAGAGAAUGCAGUGGCCAUUUUGCUUUCUUUGUGCAAAAGAGAUCCUGAGAAUCUUGCCUGCAUGAGUAGGCUUGGCGCUGUCAUACCUCUGAUGGAGCUUGCUAAAAGUGGUACUGAAAGGGCCAAGCGGAAGGCUACUUCAUUGUUGGAGCAGUUUCGAAAGCUACAGCAAUUGUAGCCAAGGUAGUUGUACCAAAAUACCUUUAUUUUUCAUUUUUUAAAAUUUUUUGUUUCUUUCAUUCCAAUUAUUUGACAAUGAUUGCCUCACCAUUCUAUUACAGUGUGAAAACUGAGAACAUAAGCAAGGGAGACAAAGUCUUUCUUGUUGCUCUCUUUGUAUGUAUUUUCUUCUUUUUACGAGUGUGUUAAAAGAAAAAAACAAUUGAUAUUCUGUUUGUCACGAUCAUUUUCAUUGAAAUUCACUUUCCCAUCUGAUCUUUGAUUUUAUGAA